GGAAUUAUAGAAGUUGUCAGUUGGUUAUUUGUUAUUAACGGUUUAGAUGGUAAUGAAAGAAGAAAAGUGGCAUUAUAGGCUCUUCUAAAAUUGCAUGAAUAUGGAGUUAUCAUCACCUAAUUAUCAUUUGAUGGAUAACAUUAGGUGUAAACCUAUACAACUUUGAUAUUGACACUGCGACUCCAUAUUUCUUGCAUUCACCAUAGAUAAAAGUACAUUUUUUAUAAUUUUAGAUGCAUGUCACAUACUUAAGUUGGCUUGGAAUAACUGGGAUAACCUUACUAAAAUUGUCGAAACUAAUGGCGAAAUUAUUGAUUUUAAUUAUAUAAAAUUGUUGCAUUAUAUUUAACAAACAGAAGGUUUACGUUUGGGUAGCAAAUUAAGAGUGCCCCAUAUGGAUUGGAGAAAGACAUGAAGAAACAAAGAAACAAAGAAACAAAGAAACAAAGAAAAAAAGAAAAAAAGAAACAAAGAAAAAAAGAAAAAAAGAAAAAAAGAAAAAAAGAAAAAAAGAAAAAAAGAAAAAAAGAAAAAAAGAAAAAAAGAAAAAAAGAAAAAAAGAAAAAAAGAAAAAAAGAAAAAAAGAAAAAAAGAAAAAAAGAAAAAAAAGAAAAAAAGAAAAAAAGAAAAAAAGAAAAAAAGAAAAAAAGAAAAAAAGAAAAAAAGAAAAAAAGAAAAAAAGAAAAAAAGAAAAAAAGAAAAAAAGAAAAAAAGAAAAAAAGAAAAAAAGAAAAAAAGAAAAAAAGAAAAAAAGAAAAAAAGAAAAAAAGAAAAAAAGAAAAAAAGAAAAAAAGAAAAAAAGAAAAAAAGAAAAAAAGAAAAAAAGAAAAAAAGAAAAAAAGAAAAAAAGAAAAAAAGAAAAAAAGAAAAAAAGAAAAAAAGAAAAAAAGAAAAAAAGAAAAAAAGAAAAAAAGAAAAAAAGAAAAAAAGAAACAAAGAAAAAAAGAAACAAAGAAAAAAAGAAACAAAGAAAAAAAGAAACAAAGAAAAAAAGAAACAAAGAAACAAAGAAAAAAAGAAAAAAAGAAAAAAAGAAAAAAAGAAAAAAAGAAACAAAGAAACAAAGAAACAAAGAAACAAAGAAACAAAGAAACAAAGAAACAAAGAAACAAAGAAACAAAGAAACAAAGAAACAAAGAAACAAAGAAACAAAGAAACAAAGAAACAAAGAAACAAAGAAACAAAGAAACAAAGAAACAAAGAAACAAAGAAACAAAGAAACAAAGAAACAAAGAAACAAAGAAACAAAGAAACAAAGAAACAAAGAAACAAAGAAACAAAGAAACAAAGAAACAAAGAAACAAAGAAACAAAGAAACAAAGAAACAAAGAAACAAAGAAACAAAGAAACAAAGAAACAAAGAAACAAAGAAACAAAGAAACAAAGAAACAAAGAAACAAAGAAACAAAGAAACAAAGAAACAAAGAAACAAAGAAACAAAGAAACAAAGAAACAAAGAAACAAAGAAACAAAGAAACAAAGAAACAAAGAAACAAAGAAACAAAGAAACAAAGAAACAAAGAAACAAAGAAACAAAGAAACAAAGAAACAAAGAAACAAAGAAACAAAGAAACAAAGAAACAAAGAAACAAAGAAACAAAGAAACAAAGAAACAAAGAAACAAAGAAACAAAGAAACAAAGAAACAAAGAAACAAAGAAACAAAGAAACAAAGAAACAAAGAAACAAAGAAACAAAGAAACAAAGAAACAAAGAAACAAAGAAACAAAGAAACAAAGAAACAAAGAAACAAAGAAACAAAGAAACAAAGAAACAAAGAAACAAAGAAACAAAGAAACAAAGAAACAAAGAAACAAAGAAACAAAGAAACAAAGAAACAAAGAAACAAAGAAACAAAGAAACAAAGAAACAAAGAAACAAAGAAACAAAGAAACAAAGAAACAAAGAAACAAAGAAACAAAGAAACAAAGAAACAAAGAAACAAAGAAACAAAGAAACAAAGAAACAAAGAAACAAAGAAACAAAGAAACAAAGAAACAAAGAAACAAAGAAACAAAGAAACAAAGAAACAAAGAAACAAAGAAACAAAGAAACAAAGAAACAAAGAAACAAAGAAACAAAGAAACAAAGAAACAAAGAAACAAAGAAACAAAGAAACAAAGAAACAAAGAAACAAAGAAACAAAGAAACAAAGAAACAAAGAAACAAAGAAACAAAGAAACAAAGAAACAAAGAAACAAAGAAACAAAGAAACAAAGAAACAAAGAAACAAAGAAACAAAGAAACAAAGAAACAAAGAAACAAAGAAACAAAGAAACAAAGAAACAAAGAAACAAAGAAACAAAGAAACAAAGAAACAAAGAAACAAAGAAACAAAGAAACAAAGAAACAAAGAAACAAAGAAACAAAGAAACAAAGAAACAAAGAAACAAAGAAACAAAGAAACAAAGAAACAAAGAAACAAAGAAACAAAGAAACAAAGAAACAAAGAAACAAAGAAACAAAGAAACAAAGAAACAAAGAAACAAAGAAACAAAGAAACAAAGAAACAAAGAAACAAAGAAACAAAGAAACAAAGAAACAAAGAAACAAAGAAACAAAGAAACAAAGAAACAAAGAAACAAAGAAACAAAGAAACAAAGAAACAAAGAAACAAAGAAACAAAGAAACAAAGAAACAAAGAAACAAAGAAACAAAGAAACAAAGAAACAAAGAAACAAAGAAACAAAGAAACAAAGAAACAAAGAAACAAAGAAACAAAGAAACAAAGAAACAAAGAAACAAAGAAACAAAGAAACAAAGAAACAAAGAAACAAAGAAACAAAGAAACAAAGAAACAAAGAAACAAAGAAACAAAGAAACAAAGUAA